AUAGUAACCAAACUUGAGACUUGAAAGGUGCUUCAUCCCUCUUUUGAAGCACCAUUGGAGGAAGAUAGAGAUCCUCCUUAAUCACAAGUUCCUCUACCAACCUACUAGUAUUACCAGGCAAAGACUGAACGGUAGAGAAAAGGGCAUUAAAUAUCUCCUCCCUCCCCCUUGGUUUCUCAUUUGCUAGUUCCCUCCCAAACUCCCAUCAUAUUUUCAUUUUCCCAGCAUCAGUACCAGAACCUACUCCCAGUAUCAAUCAUCUGAAUGGGUUCAGAAAUGGUGAUGGUGGACGAAAUUCCAUUUCCUCCUAAGGUCACAACCACCAAGCCACUGUCUCUUCUUGGCCAUGGAAUCACAGAUAUUGAGAUACACUUUCUCCAAAUCAAGUUCACAGCUAUCGGAGUUUACUUGGAUGCUGAAGUUCUGGGACACUUGCAGCAAUGGAAGGGUAAAUCAGGGAAGGACCUAGCCGAAGAUGAUGACUUCUUUGAGGCCCUUAUUUCUGCGCCAGUGGAGAAGUUGUUGAGGGUUGUGGUGAUCAAGGAGAUAAAGGGGUCACAGUAUGGUGUGCAGCUAGAGAGCGCAGUGAGGGACCGACUGGCUGCAGAUGAUAAAUACGAAGAAGAGGAGGAAGCUGCGUUGGAGCAAAUCGUCGAGUUUUUCCAGUCCAAAUAUUUCAAGAAAGACUGCAUCAUAACGUUCCAUUUCCCUGCAUCUUCUGCCUCUGUAGAGAUUGCAUUUGCAAGUGAGGGAAAAGAGGAAUCGAAGAUCAAGGUUGAGAAUGCGAAUGUGGUUGAGAUGAUCAAGAAAUGGUAUUUGGGUGGAACCAGGGGGGUUUCUCCUUCAACCAUCUCCUGCUUAGCCAACAACCUCUCUGCUCAGUUGUCCAAGUGAGGAUGUAAUGUAGUCUGAGUUUGAGCCUAUUUUGCUUGUAUUGUGGUUUGCCUAGAACUUUGGUUUGAAGGAAUUUGUGGUACUCUACCAGUAAUAAAAGUACGGGGUUUCCUUCUUUCUUCUCAA